CCCCGCACGACGACCACUUUCACCAUCUGCAUAUUGUCGCCAGCAUGGAGGACGAUGCGGAGGUGCUCGACUGGGGACAUGAGGACGACGAGCAGACUGCCCAGCACGGCCCAGAAGACGCGGAAGAUGCAGUCUCGCUUGGUGGCGACGAGGACGACAUGCAGGACUACUAUUCGUACCAGGCUGCGGAGCAGGAGGUCGCUGCUCAGCUUCCAAAUUCUUAUUCGACGUCUCAUGGCAAGCGAGAAUCCUAUGGCUCGAAGCAGUCGGCGGCGCCACCUCGCGAUCCGGAUUCGCCCCACCUGCGACGUUCUCAGUCUGUCGGCAAGCUCACUCAUGCACUUCCUCCGAAACCUGUCUUAUCCGUGGCACCUGUGCAUCCGUCUCCUGCUCAGGCGAGCACUCUGGCUAGCUCCAUGAUACAGCGCGAGCCGCGGACGAAUGGCCUCGGGAUGCCCGUCUCCGGCAGCAACCACGAUGCGCUUCCUCCGGACUGGGAACUCCGACAAGCUAGGAGCGGUGGGGGCGAACAGUAUUACUAUAAUACCAAAACGCACGAGUCCACUUGGACUCAACCGGUGAGCGGCAAGUCGUCCCCGGCGAAGGACAAGGAGCGAGGCGUGUCGCGCGGAAGGGAAGGUGUGUCACCUUCCCGACGCGUUAUUUCGCCGGAGCGGCGGACGGGUCGCAAGGAAUCGAAACGGGCUGCGGACGAUCUCUCGUACGAAGAUCGACAUUACCGUCCUGCUGCGGCUCCUGGUGGUGCUGGCGGCACAGAGCUGAGCGACAGACGUGACGGUCGGACAGCCCACUCACCAGUGCAAGCUGCGUACGCAGACUCGUACACAGCAGGUAGGGCGCCAUCUCCUCGUCCGCUGCCAGAGCGGCGUCGCACACGGUCGUUGUCCCCACCUGCUCGUCGGGACUACCGAAGCGAGGAGCGGUCUGGGCGUUCGCGCAGAGAGCAAACACCUCCGAGGGCGCAGGAGCGCGACUUGGCCGACGUACGACGUGGCAACCACUCGUCUCGCAUUUCGAUGGACUUGGACCCUCCGCCUCGCCACAGUCGUGCCCGUGGUCGGCAGGACCGCAUGGACUUCGACGUCUCUCCUCGAAACGCAUCCUUGGAUCGAGAACAGACGAAUCGUCGUGGUCCCAAUGACUGGUCGGCACCUAGGACUAGAUCACCGCCGCCGCACCUCCGUGUGCCUUCCCCACCCGGUGCCCGUCGAUUCUCUCGCGGCUCGUCGCCUGGGAGCUCUCAAGCAUCGAUUCCUCCGCCACCUGCUUCAAGACAAAGAGCAUGGCCAGAGAGACCCCCGAUUUUACCAAGGCCAUCGUCUCCACGUGGUUUCAAUGACUACCCGCCAGUCGAUUCUGUACCUCAGCGUCGAGGGCGAGAAGCUGAUAGUAUGGAUCCCAGCUAUGGUUAUGACACCAAGCGAAGGCGAGUCGACGAUCAGCGUGAUGACGAUCUCCCACCUCGUCGAGGUAGCGCCAUAGAUGCGUUACCACCGCAUGGACUGCCAGCACGUCCACAGACGGGGUUCUCUUCACCUGUUCAAGAUGAACGUCCUCGCAAGCGUGUUCCUCUACCACCGCAAAGCGCCCGUUUCCGAGAGGCUCGCCAUGCUCCAGUGCAAGAACUCUUGCCGCCACCGACCCCUGCUGCUGAGGGCAGUCGGCGUGGCUACGUCGACAUACCCCCUCGAGGGCCGCGCGAAGACGAUGUACCAAUGAGAUAUGUCGAUGUACCUACUGACGCGCCUCCGCCCCGUCGCCAGGGACCUUUAACUAUCGGCGAGGUCGAAUACGAUGGACGUGGUCGUCCGCCCCCUAUCAGACCUGCUCUGACAAGUAGACCCGGCAGCCGCUUUGACGAUUUGCCGUCACAGGGUCCUAGAGACUACGCUCCUGAGCCGAUGGACGUCGACCGUCCGGCUAGCCUGCCAUCUCAGCGUGGCUUUGACGGCCCUUCCAGACCGAGUUCGUCCAUGUAUGCCGAUCGCAUGGGUGAUGUACCUGGUGACGCACCGAGAGGUCCGCGAGCUAUGGCAGGUGGACGAGAGCCCAUGGGCCAUGUUCCCUCGCAGCGCUUCCCUCCUCUGGAGACGCAAGGUCUGCCUCCGCCACCACCAUCCCAUGCGAGUUCUUGGAACAUCGGCAGCCCGUCAACUCCCCGUGGCGGCCAUAGAACGGUGUCGCGCCCGAUACUCGAAGUUAACCCUACGAAGGAGCCGUCAUUUGGACCCCCACCUCCCAAGUCGAUAUCAGGAACGAAUCUCGUCCCCAUAGGCAAUAGGAAGAUACCGCCUAUGCAUGAGCCGGACGGCACGCUUCCCCUACAAGACAGGCUGCCUCCCGCAAAUACCCUCGCAGCUCCGCGCAUUGGACCUGGCAGAGGCAGAGACUAUCCGUUGUCGCCUGACCCGCCAUUUGGGAGUCCAGAGAGAUCGGCCGUGCCCCUUGACGAUAGUCGUCUGGGAAUUCGUCGUCCGUCUGUCUCGAGCGCUGGUCGUGUUGAUUCCGGUGUUGAAAGAUUGCCCGCUCGACCAGUUGAAGACCGACCGCCUUUGCUCUCGCGGCCGCGGGGUGAUUCUUAUUCAGAACGCAAGGAUCGUGGCCCUCGUGUGAGUCGCUUUGGCCCAGAGCAUGCUCAGCCAUCUGCCCCCAUUCCCCCUGACACACAGCCUCGCAUCUGGAUGACAAGGGAAGAGUCGGCACAACUCGAGAUGCAUAGCAAGGAUACAAAGAAAGUGGAACUUAUGCACAAACUUCCCGAACGACCAGCCAGGACCGAACCUGACUCGUGGCGCACGACUGACGGUGCGAACCCACCCACGAGAUCUAAUGGGAACCACAAUGCUCGAGGAGACAAGGAGCCCGUCCGCGAAUCCACUCGAUCCGCUACUGGGCCAGGUUCAGUUGGUCCAGGUCGGCAGUCUGACUUCGGGCUUUCUGAUCCCCCUGGCGGUCGCAAGAGUCCCGUGGAUGUUCGGCCCCGCGGUCGGCGACCUAGUCUCGAAGAUCGACUUGGACCAUUGUACAAUGACCGUCACGCUUCCCUGGCGCCGCCGCCUGCGUCGCUUCCUCCUCGCCCCGUCAAUCGUGAUGUCUACAUCGAGCCAACUCGGCACUCCGACUAUCGUGACGUCCGGAAUGAGGCCCCCGUCCGUGAAGACGACGCGUCUGCCUGGGAUCGCCCAGGCGUCGAACCUUCCCGCGAUGUCUCCCCCGCCAAUAGCGCAACCAGGAUUCACCCGGAUCGUGUACGCCUGUUGCAUACUGCACCGGCUCCUCAACCAUUAGAGGAACCGGUGAAGACGUCCAAGCCUGUCCGUAUCCGUCGUCCGCCCCCGAUGACGAAAGCGUCGCCAGAGGAAUCACCGGUAGCUGACAGACUACUUCCGGACGAAGUCGCUGGGCGGUCGUCGCUUCUCGACAGGCUGUCACUCAAUGACGCUGCGCCUAUCGCACCAGAGACUUCGACUGCGUCCCUUCGCGAGAGAGUGGAUCUCUCUUCAAAGCAACCGGGCCUUCAGGGCGGAGAUAGCCACGGCGACUUCGUGAUGGACACUGAUAUGGAAGGAGGCGAUGCGUCGCGAUCCAAGGGGGGAAGGAGACGUGGUUCAAGGCCGAAGCGCGGACGAAGGAGCGGGUACCCGGCAUGAUAGCGAUUCGUAUAUUGUCGGAAAAUGGCAGUGAAAACGUCUUGGUGGGUUUGGUCACGCAUGAUAUAGGUUCGCGUUCGUCUUCGCGCUGUUCAAUGGCUCUUCGAUCUCUCGUAAUACAAUUUUCAACUUCAAGUCAUCAACGACUGCCGCCUGAGACCG